GGGAGAAGACACUUAGAGGGACUUGACUCUCCUCUUUGUGUGCUCCACUGCUUUGCCAAACCUCUCUUUCUCUGCUCCCCCUUUUCUCUGUGGAUUCUUUCCUUUCAGAGGAAACAAAACCGGCCAUCAUGCUGUCGACCAAAACUACGAGAACGAGCAUGCAGUCCAGCAGUGGAGGCUUUUCUAGUGGAGGAGGAGGUGGCAGCCGUUUAAGCUUUAGUAGUGGUAGCUAUGCCGGUGGUGGUGGCGGUGGUGGCGGUGGCCGCCAAUUUUCCUCAAGAUCUAUGUCGUUCAUGCAGCCAGCCAGAGUGUCAAGUGUCUCAGUGCGACAAAACUUUAGCAGUGGUGGUGGUGGUGGUGGUUUCGGUGGUGGUUUCGGUGGUGGUUUCGGCGGUGGUUAUGGCGCUGGUGGUGGAGGUGGUGCAGGUGGUGGCGGCGGCGGCGGCGGUUUCAGUGCUUAUGGUUUCAGUGGUAUGGGUAUGGGUGGUGGUGGUGGUGGUGGCGGUGGUAUGGGAAUGCCCAUCACAAACGUCCAAGUCAACCAGAGCCUGCUGGCCCCCCUGAACCUUGAGAUCGACCCCAACAUCCAGACUGUCCGAACCCAUGAGAAAGAGCAGAUCAAGACUCUAAACAACCGCUUCGCCAGCUUCAUUGACAAGGUUCGCUUCCUGGAGCAGCAGAACAAAAUGCUGGAGACCAAGUGGAACCUGCUGCAGGAACAGACCACCACCCGCUCCAACAUCGACGCCAUGUUCGAGGCCUACAUCGCCAACCUGCGCAGACAGCUGGAUGGGCUCGGCAAUGAGAAGAUUAAGCUGGAGGGAGAGCUCAGGAACAUGCAGGGACUUGUGGAGGACUUCAAGAACAAAUAUGAAGAUGAAAUCAACAAGCGUGCUUCUGUGGAGAAUGAGUUUGUGCUCCUUAAGAAGGAUGUAGAUGGCGCCUACAUGAACAAGGUUGAGCUGGAGGCCAAGGUUGACGCCCUGCAGGAUGAGAUUAACUUCCUCAGAGCUGUCUAUGAGGCUGAACUUCGUGAGCUCCAGGGACAGAUCAAGGACACCUCAGUCAUCGUGACGAUGGACAACAGCCGCGAUUUGGACAUGGACUCCAUUGUGGCUGAAGUCAAGGCUCAGUACGAGGCCAUCGCCAACCAGAGCCGUGCUGAUGCUGAAUCAUGGUAUCAACAGAAGUACCAGGAGAUGCAGAGCACUGCAGGCCAGACCGGAGAUGAACUUCGCAACACCAAGAGUGAGAUUGCUGAGCUGAACCGCAUGAUUAGCCGCCUACAGAAUGAGAUUGAGGCAGUCAAGGGACAGCGUGCCAACCUGGAGGCCCAGAUUGCUGAGGCUGAGGAGCGCGGUGAGCUGGCAGUGAAGGAUGCCAAGGCCCGCAUUAGGGACCUGGAGGAAGCCCUGCAGAGAGCCAAACAGGACAUGGCCCGCCAGGUCCGCGAGUACCAGGAGCUCAUGAACGUGAAGCUGGCUCUGGACAUUGAGAUCGCCACCUACAGGAAGCUUCUGGAAGGAGAGGAAUUAAGAAUUGGCCAUGGCGGUGAAAAUGCAACCAUCCACAUACAGUCCUCAAGCAGCGGUGGCGGUGGCGGAGGCGGCGGCGGAUAUGGUAUGGGCUUUGGUGCCGGUGGCGGCGGCGGCGGCGGUUAUGGCAGCAGCAGCUUUGGCGGCGGGAUGUCCGUGUCCGGUGGUGGUUACAGCAGCGGCGGCGGCUUUAGCAGCGGCGGCGGCUUUAGCAGCGGCGGCGGCUUUAGCAGCGGCGGCGGCGGCGGCGGCUUUAGCAGCGGCGGCGGCGGCGGCGGCAGCAGCAGCAGCAGUUUCAUCACAAAAAAGACCACCAGCCAAGUCUCUAGCCGCCGUUAUUAAAAACAGCAGUUGUCUUUAUUUCACUCUUCUUCUAUUUUGUUCUUCUCCCCUGUCCCUGACAACCACUUUUAAAAGCUUCCAUAAACCCCAUCAUUUCUCUCCUUGGAAUACUUGUAGUGUCAUGACAGAGAAUCCUUACAAGGCAACAAUCAUUGCACAUAAAAUGCCAACAGCAGUUCUUAGAUUUGCACAGAAGGAGGUCCAAAUGUGGUUGGCCAUUUUAAAGCAAACAUGGGAUAACUCCUCCUAUCUGCAAUGUCUCAUCUGUUGUCUCACAUAGGUCAUUUUGUUGUGCAUUUUGACAUUUUGACAUCAUCAAAAGCAGCCACAUACAACACUUUCAUAUUUGAAAUUUGGAAUCCUCUUUUCUUCUCCUGUUCAGAGAGAAAAUGAGCUCUCCACUACAGUAAAUAAAUGGUGUUUUGAUCCUCCUUUACCUCCAUUUCCACUCUGAAUAAAAAAAGAAACCAGAUUUAUUGUGAAUUUGUACCACUGAAACAUCUGGAAUAAACCUGAUUUCAUAUUCA